UAAUUAAUUGGCAUUUAACUCACUAUAUAUAUAUAAUACUUAGCAUUUUCAGCUAGAAUCCAAACAAGUGAAAAUGGCGGAAUACAAGUUUUGGCAGAGAAGAGAGACGAGAAGCAUGAAGGUCGCCAAAACUCAGAAAGCGGCGGCGGCGGCCAGCAUUCUGGAGGCGAUCGCGCAGCUCAGCGGCGGCGCGGAGGCGGCGGAGGGGCCGAAGGUCAUGAAGAUUGUGAUGAAGAAGGAGGAUUUGAAGCAAGCGCUGGAGGCGAUUAGAGACGGACGGAGCGGCUUGGUUAGGCGAGGACCGCCGUCUACGGCGGCGGCGAUGUCGCUGGAGCAGUGGCUGAAUUUCAUGCGGCGGAGGCAGAUUCUGAGAGCCGCCGGCCAAGGGAGGGCCAGAAACCGGUCCGGUUCGUGGAGGCCGGUUAAAAGCUAAUUGUGUUUCUUAAUUGUUAUUAUAACUUUUUUUUAUAUAUAUAUAAAAUAUUACGAUAUCUCUAAGAUAAAAAGGUCAAUUUUUCGAUCUAAUACAUAAGAUUGGAAUAAGGCAUAUAAAUUAGUGCAUAGAAAUUAUAUGCUUCAAGUCACUGCUAUUACUUGCGCCGAUGUGCAUGAAUAAAUAUGUCUUCCGUUUUUAAAAAAAA